AUGGGUAAUUGUUUUGGAUUCCGGAGUGAAACUUCGUAUCUUCUGGAUCAAGAAGUCUAUGAAACUCACGAUGAACAGGAUGAAAUCCCCAGAGCAGAACAUCCGAUGCCUACGUAUCAUAUUAGUCCAGGCUUACCAAUUCUUGCAUCCGACUUAACAGAAGAAGAACAAAUACAAAUUGUCAAACGUAUUCAUAUGCUCCAAUUCCUUCCUCUGACUAAUUAUGUACCUGUGAAUAAGGAGAAAUUGAGAGAGUGCAUAAUAUGUAUGAACGAUUUGAAAUUAGGUGAUGAAGUACGCUAUCUGCCUUGUUUGCAUACUUAUCACCGUGUAUGUAUUGAUGAAUGGCUCAUGCGUUCAUUCAGCUGUCCUACAUGCCUAUUGAAUUUGGAACCAGACAAUUCAGCAGCAACAAGAACACAAGCAGAAAAUCCUCCUCCUCCUCCUCCUCCUCCUGCAGCACCACUUGUUGUACAAGCUUCAUCACCAAGGGAAAAUGUUCCAGACUUAAUUACAUCGUUGGCAGCAGGCGAAGAUGUGGUACACUCGUCGUCGGUGAAUGAUUCACAUUCAAAUAUAAACUAAGUAAAGGCUUUAGUUUAUCAGUAAUAUGUAUACAAUGCACUCUCCCCCGUCUGUGAUACAACACCACUCUAAUGGUGACGAUAAUGUCGGUUACGAUGAUGUGGACAGUGAGAACAAUGUCCGUCCUUUUUAUAAUUCGUCUUCCAUUUAAUGCACAUUCUAUCCUGUGCGUCUCCCUCUGCAUAUUACGAUAAUGAUGACAAUGAAAACGAUGUAAACGAGGAGGACGAAGAAAAUUCAAUAAGCCUUAGUGCCCAACUAAUCAAUUGAUCAUUCACAUUGUUUUUGAUAAUAUUCCUACUAUUGUAGUUGUUUGCAUAAUAAUAAUAAUGAUAAUGUCAAUAUUAUUAUAUUCAUUGAUUUAUUCAUACUUCCCAAAAUGGGAACUAAUCAUUCUGGAGAAUCUACUCCUCUCCCUCCAUGUGUGUAUGUAUUUACGCAAGCUUAUCUUUAUUUUUGAAUUAUCUUUUCAACUUUAAUAUUUGCAUAUUCUUGAUAUGAUGGUAUCUCUUAUUGUACAGAUUUUGAAGUGGACAAGAGUAAGGCUGUUGUUCUUGCUAAUGUUUUCAAUAAUCGUUGUUAUGCUUGAAUUUUCGUGCUUGAUUCGUGGAGAUUUAUUUAACCUUUUCACACGUUGCUUUCUCGUCUUCAGUUUUGUUUUAUUCUCAAACUCAUCUAUAUGAUAAUACAUCCCUUGAUUGUAUUAUUAUAUCAUAAAACUCAACAGUUUCUUUUCUCGUCUAGCCAUUAUGUGGGGUUAUCAGUCCUUUUGGUCUGAUUUUCCUGUCGUCCUUCUGUACAUCUAUGUUAUCUAGAGUUAACCAGAGUUGUCCUUUUAUUCUUCUUUCUGUCUCUCUCUCUCUCUCCCCUUAUUUAUUAUCCCUGUGAGAAUAAAAGAGCAUCAUGUAAAAUGGAUACGGGCGUACACAUGUGUGUUUGUGUAUCUACCAGCUUCUACUCAUCUCAUAUCUUAUCACUUUUCAUAAUAAAGCAAGCGCCUUGCUACGUAAGAGUAGUUUAUCAAGCCAACUUUCUAUCGCUACCGAUUUUAUGUGUUGAGUUAAAUAUAAUGGAGAUUUUGUUAAACUGUCUAUCUAUGUAUCUAUCUGAAAUGUGAAGAAUCUCUUUCUCUUUUUUAUCAUUAUAAAAAUCUAAAGCGAACUAUCAGUUCAAGUGUGUAAAUUGUCUUCUGAAUUACUUCUGAUCCAUGUGAAUUCCUUCUCAUUUUGCUGCAUUCAUGCACAUAGAUCCUGACUACACUUGUUUUACGCUUAUAUUUAUAUUCCUGUUCUUAUGGCUGUUGUUGUUGCUGUUGUUUCUGUUGUUCACACUUCCUUUUUCACUGAUUUUUAAUUGAAUUUUUUGAAAAAUAUGUACAAAAACAAGAUGAUAAUUUUAGUGAUUUACAUUGAUUUGUUUCGUUAUUUUGAAGUGAUUUCUACAUAUAAUAUUCAAAUUUUAUUUUUAAUUUCUUUCUCUGUUUCAUGGCUGUUAUAGAGCCGACGCCGAUAUAUAUAUGUAUGUCUAUAGUAAACACUGUCCUGACUGCUUAGAAUUUGUGCGCUCAAAGAAUUUCGACGUCAUAGUUGAUUGUGUAACAAACGAAAUGGAACUUCUUUUUCUUACCUAUUACGAACACCGUGGACUUGUUUGUGUUUGUUUGGCUCAUUCUUUGCUUAUUGUAUAAAUAAUUAUCUUACAUCCAGAAAACAUGUAGUGUGCG